AUGCCAGACCUCACUGCCGCCGAGCUCAGCAUUCCGGCCGAGCAGCACCCCGAUCCCGCAAAGCCACUGGUGAUACCCGUCGACUCAACAGUGGUGGGCUCAACCCUGCGCUUCAUUCCGUGGUCUGUGGUGGGCAAUCCGGCCUUCCUCCAGCUGCCCCCUCCUCCUCCGGGGAUGCAACCGUCGUGGGUCCAGAUUCCGCAGUGGGUCGCCAUCAGUGCGCUGCUCCCCUUCAGUGAGCCCGAGCCCGCUGUGGCCACCCACUUUGACAGGCUCAGCGUCUUGCGGCUGGCCGUAUUGGCCGCGGCUUGGCGCCGCAUCCUCGGCGCCUUGUCCGACCUCGGCGUUUUCAGCACGGUGCACGUGGAUGAGGAUGCGUUCCGUACGGUGUGCAUCCAGGCUCUGCACUCCCGCCAAAUCCCGGUGCCCGAGCUCUAUCUGCAGUGGGGCGAUUUGGGGUACUCUGAGGCGAUCACACCCUUGGGACCAGCGCCAUCUGCAGAAGCAAAGGCCGUCGACUUCUUGCAGUACGCGACAGUCGGGGCUCUUUGCGACCCUACGGCCGACGUCCCGUUCGCAGCCCUGUCUGACACGACCCGCUGCUUGGGGCCCGUCUUCACGGCGGCAGCGCGCGUCGAUCCCAUGGGGAGCGCCGUCGUGGGGGCUGCAUCGCUCGCCGCCGCCGCUGGUAGCACGGGCGGCGGAGGAGGCGGAGUGGCGGCGGCGCUCGAGGAGAGCGCGAGGCUGGAGGAGGAGAGGCGGGCGGCGGAGGAGCAAGUGUCGUCCUCUUUGGCUGCAGAGAGGCCGCCUUUGGUGGAUGAGCCUUUGGUGGAUGAGGAGGAGCCACCGGCCGACUUCAUCUGCCUGAUCACGACCGAGGUCAUGGGCGACCCGGUGAUGGCAGCGGACGGGCAUGCUUACGAGCGGACGGCGAUCAGUCGACGAGCCCGAUGA